GGCCGGACUUCACUGCCUCUGCUCCGCCCCGGCCUCCUCCGCUGCACACGGGCUCAAGGGCCUGCGUCGGCCGCAGCACCAAGAGCACACUCCAGCCCGAAGCCAAGCGCCUACGGGAGCUGCAGCUGCGGGAGACCAGGCAGCCGCUGCCACAGCCCCCUCUAGUGGAAACAAGGGAUUCCCAGAAGUGGACGCCUGCUGCCAGCAGGGUCACAGAAGCCCUCAGUCCUCUGGCUGGGGAUGAAACAUUCAGUGUGACAGUUCGCAGAGGUGGUACCCUGCUCCCCCCGCCCCCAUCCCCGGCCUGUUAUAAAGAGGCGCCCGUGUGUUGGCAGCAGACGUCCAUUAGGCUGCCCAGAGGAGGCUGAGGGGCCGGAGCUGCAGGUGGACCUGAGUGCCGUCGGUCAGUGGGGGACAGGCCUGGGAAGAUGAGGUCCUGCCUGGUGCCUGGGCUGGCCCUCUGCCUCCUGCUGGGGCCUCUGGCAGGGGCCAAGCCUGUGCAGGAGGAAGGAGACCCCUACGCGGAGCUGCCGGCCAUGCCCUACUGGCCUUUCUCCACCUCCGACUUCUGGAACUACGUGCAGGAACUCCAGGCCCUGGGGGCCUACCCCCAGCUGGAGGACAUGGCCCGCACCUUCUUUGCCCACUUCCCCCUGGGGACCACCCUGGGCUUCCACGUCCCCUACCGGGAGGAGUGAGGUCCCGGGCGGGCAGGGCCCCCACCCCGGGGGAGCCAGGCCAGCCUCGCACUCAAUAAACUCCUGACUCAAGUGCA